AUGGCCCUCAGCCCAUUUUCCACUUCGCGCUGCUGGGCCGCCCGAUUUCGCCACGCCGUGGCUUCCGACGGGCCUCGCUGGUGCACGGCCCAAAGCCCCAUAAAAACCCACCCCUUUUCUCUCGGACCUCCCGUGCCCGCCGCGCCGCUCACCCCGGAGCUCCUCGCCGAGUGUGAGCGCGUCGUUAGCAAGACCAUCCCAGCAUGCGUCGCCUUUCACAAGCCCAGCUUUAUCCAGCAGCUCAAGGGCAACACCAUGGACAUGACCAUGGUCAAUGCGCUGCUCACCAUGGCCUCGCGCCACUCGCCUGCUCUCAUCCGCCGCUUCGGCGGCCACAAUGCCAACGCCACCACGGCUGCCGAGCACUUCGCUCUCAAGUCCAUCAACUUCAUCAUGCAGGGCUUGGACCACCCCAGCCUGGCCGACAUCCAGUCGCUUUGCCUGCUGGUUAUCCACGAGUGGGGCAGCCGCAACGCCGUCCGUGCGUACAUCUACCUUGGCCAGGCUGCCCGCAUGGCCCAGAUGUACCGCAUCGUACACGCCCACGAGCAGGCCGAGCCCGACCAGUUCCUCAAGUCCGAGUCGUUCCGCCGCACCAUGUGGCUGAUCUACAUUCUCGAUUGCUUCCUGACCGCUAGCCCAGGCCGUCACCCCGCCCUGUCGUCCCACGACGUCAGCGACCUGGCCUUACCCUGCCUGGAUGUCAACUACAACUUCGGCAGCCCCGUCUACGUCCGCACCCUGAACAACACCCUCCCGAGCACCGCCCCGGAGAGCAGCCCGCCCGCCGAGGUCGGCGAGUUCGGCCACUUGGUCCUUGCGACCAAGGCGUGGCGCAAUGUCAUCGAGCUGAUGACCACCACCACCCUUGCCACCUUCACCGAGGACCGGUGCCAGGCUCUCGAGGCCGAGAUCGAGGCCAUCCGUCAGUCGCUGCCCAUCCACUUCGCCGACAAGCCGGGCCAGAUCAACCUGCACAUCACCAUGGGCAGCGGCUACACGUAUGCCAUGAUCCACUGCCUGUUGCUCUGCGCCGACAUCUUCCUUAACCGCCGCCGCAUCCUGCAGCAUGUCAACACGGAUGGCUUCAACAUAGAGACGUGGCGUGCCUCCAGCAACGGCCAGCUGGCCGAUCAGAUACUGGGUGCCGCCCACAGCAUUGUGGCCAUGCUGACGGCCCUCGAGAACGGCGCCGAAAAGGACUCCAUCAUCUGCUUCCCCAUCUUCAUGCUCUUUGCCUCCUUCACCUCGGGCGCUGCUGUCGCCUACCUCCAGCUCAAGGGUCUGACUCCCAUGGACGUCCGGAUGACGAGCACCACCAUUGUGUCCGAUGUGUUCCGCUUCCUCAAGGGCGGAGCCGAGUACUGGCCGCUGGCAAUGCCCUGGCAUAGGCACCUGGGAGUCAUGGCCAAGGUUCUCAAGGAAUACAACGACCGCAUUGAUGGCCAAGAGUCUCCCGACGGCAACAAAUCACGCCGGUCGCCGUCCAUCAAGGAAGACGAUGUCUCGUCCCAGCCCGACAACGGCACUGCCGACGUUAUGGACUACGACCAGGCCGACCCCUCGGUCUCUCAGACCCCUCACCCCACUGUGGAGGGCGGCCGAGACAGCGAGCCUCCCGCGACGAGGCGGCCCGGCAUUGCCACCAUCAACGGAGGAUCCGCUGGAGCCUCCACCCCGGCCACUGGCAGCCCCCAACCCCCGUCGACCAGCAUGAAGAUCGAUAGUCCCGGUCCUGGUUCGUCGGCGUCGGUGGCGGACGCUGCUGACUCCUGCCGCAAAGAUCGUGAGCCGCCGGUUGUCGAGAUCGAUGCGUCCGAGCUGUGUGCCGCUUUCGAGCGCCAGCUCCUCGAGCUCGAUGACCUGGCUGCCUUCAUGGGUGGUGGGGUGUGAGUGAUGCCCCUUCGCCUUGCGUCCUUCUAGAUGGCUCUUGAAGAGUCUUCAAAGCUCCCAGCGAGCUGGCUCUUUGAGUCCCAGCCCUCCUUAUUAAUGGGCCCGUGCUGUUCAUACUCUGCCCACCUCGCCUAUGCCGAGAAGGGGUGUCUCGACAAUUGGACAUUGUCUAUACUAAUAUCCUGAGCUCGCAUUCUCGUUUUCUGUUGGAGAUCUCUUGUACCGAUAUCCAGGGUGGCUUUUGAUCGUUUUGGGGGUGUGUUUGGUUUCGGGGCAGUGGUCGGAGCGUCAUGUCUUUGCUCUCUUUGUUUUCCCUUUUUUAUUGCUUGCAGGGAGAAUGGCGUCCAUGGUUUUUUGUUUUGCCUCACUUUGCCCACCAUUCAUUGCUCGAAUGGGCCUUUCGCCUGUAUACACAGGGAAACCUCAUCCGGGUUGUACUUUUGCCCUCCCUUUCCCCAAACAUCCCGGGGUUCCGUCAUCUUUUCCUUUGUUUCAAACGAGGCUAGUAGCCCACCUACUUGACGUUUUCCCCCGCCAACCUGGCCCCUUCUUUUCUUGUCCCUAUCUCGUCUUCUCACUUGUGUCUCCGCGCCGCCAUCGAUUCACCUUGGCUUGUCUGUUGGCACGAGGGCGUCACCUGACCGGAAGCAAGUCUUACCUGGCGUUGGAGACCUCUCCGUUGCGUAAUUGGCCCGAAUUUGCUUUCCCAGGCAUUUGCGGCGACUGCGUAAGUAAUUCAGGACCGGCAAAAGACGGGGUUUCUUAAAAAAAAAACUGGGCGGAUUCUUUAGGGACUCUGGUGAUUCUUGGCUGUUUGUACUGUAAGAUAUUUGGCAACGUACGCGCUUCGAACAAAUACUUGCUACUGCUCUGUUCACGUUUUACGGGGAUGAUGUUUUGAUGCCAUAUAGUACUUACCUAGGUAGUCCCC